UCAAAUGCUAUCCUAUUGUAUCAUGAACUGGAUAAUUAACCCCAGUAGUAGUAAGUAACUACUUACUUUUACUCAAGUACUGUUCUAAUAUUUCUACUUUUGUAAGUGUUUUGCCACCAAUGGUUAACCAAGAUUUAUCUUCACAGGCCACACUGAAAAACUGUAAUGUGACAACUUUGGAGUUUUCAAAUUUGUUGUUGCAUUACAAUUCUUUUCUAAAUGUCGUUACAUUCUGACUGACUGAUGAAUGAGCAGAAAUAUUGAUGAAGAAAGGCCACCUAAUAUUGCCUACAGAACUUGUUUUAUCAGGAACCAGUUUACAGCCAUGUGUUUCUGAACGAGAGCAUUUAGUGGCUGGUACACUUCAAGACCAGCUAGUAUGCUAGUUUAGCUUCAGCUAACCUGUCUGUUUAUCGAUUUUAUUGUCGUAUUGACCGCUUGUUUUUACUUCAACCUUUAGGGUUCGUGAUGGACAGCAGUCAACAGUUCAAAGAAAGCACGGACCGGUCCGACCUGGUUUCUGUGGACGGAAAGAACAGCAAGUCUGUGCUGUGUCAGCGCUGCGGGUCCAAGGUGCUAUGCCCGGGAAUGGCUGUGUUUGCAGAGAAAGAGCUCUUCCUACCGGCCAUGCGGAAAAAGAGCGGCCUCAGCCCCACAGAGGGCUCAGUGGAUGGGGACACUCUGACUACCCACUGGUUAGUGGACGACAUGUACACUUUUGAGAAUGUGGGCUUCACUAACGACGUGGGAAGAAUCAAGUAUCUCAUCUGCGCAGAUUGUGAGAUUGGACCAAUCGGCUGGCACUGUUUGGAUGACAAGAAAAGUUUCUAUGUCGCUGUGGAAAGGGUGAAUCAUGCAUAGGUUUAGAUGCAUUUGGGAUCGCACGAGAACUUUAAAAAAAUGUGUUGGCAGGCUAUGCAUCUUUUAAUGGAUUUACUCCCAGAGUUGACUCCCAGCCAACCUAAUCUAUCACACAUACACAUACACACACACACACACACACACACACACACACACACACACACUUGAUCUGUACAUACAGAUCUGGUUGUGUAUAAAGAAUUAUUCGUGAUAACAGUUCUAUGUCUCUACCAUUCACCUGACCAUGACCAUUUUGUUCUAAUAAAAUUGUUUUUUGGGAAGCUGUUGAAUGUCA